CGACAACGCGUUGCACGACAUCAAGCAAGGCACGAGGCGCGGAUGUAGGGGGAGAAAGUAGGUCACGACAAUGUAUGGCCGAAGCUAAUCUGCCCGGCCAAGGCUUGAUGCUGCUCCUAGCUUUGUGUUGCAUCAGUCCAUUACGCUGCCAUCCUUCUGCUCUCGAUCCUGCGUCCUCUUUUCUCUUCCACUUUCUCUCGUCGGCCCCCCUGCGCAGUCGUGUCCACUCAGCGACGCGCACUCUGCCAACACGUCGCGCACGCAUCAUUGUUUCUGGACGCGUCGCAGCGUGAUCGCGCCACUGUAAUCUCAAGGCUGCCAACAUGAGCACCGGAGACGUGCACAAGCACGACAUCGAGGGAGGCCGAGGACGCGCUGCGGUCGAGGCGCUGAAGGAGGAUACUGGCAUUCAUCACGACACCGCGUGGGCGAGCGCGAAUGCAGUGCCGCCCGCUGCCACGCUGGCUGAGGUCCCCAGACACGAGAAUGGCAUUGGUCAUGGACCGCAAGUGCGCAGCACCACCGAAGGCCUCGACAUCGUUUGCGGGCCCCUGCUCAAUUACAAGCACACGAGUAACGAGCAUACCGAUCAACCGCAGUGGCACGGAAGUGUACUGAUCGUCACGACUCCUGGCCAACAACCCGGCCCGCUCACGCUGAGAUGCAUUGGCGCUUGGAACGGAGGUGCUGUAACCAACGGAGCCGCAGCCGGUGGUCAGGAUCGUACUUUCCAAGCAGAGAAGUUGUAUGAGGAUCCCACAAGAGGCUUCUGGCGCUACGUGAUCGAUGUUCCAUUUCAGGAAGAGGAGGCGACAUGGGCAUACAGUAUACCGGACAUGAUCAGCGCUACCGACAAGUCCCCCGUCACGAAGCCUCUGCGCUUCGUCGUACCAUCGAAACACGAGUCGAUGCGCAUCAUGUUCCACUCUUGCAACGGAUUCAGUGUUGGUACAGACAUGAACACAUGGACCGGCCCAGUGCUAUGGAAUGAUGUCCUGCGCGUGCACAAUGAGCAGCCGCUGCAUAUCAUGAUUGGAGGCGGAGACCAGAUCUACAACGACAGUGUGCGUGUGGAUGGCCCUUUGCGUCCAUGGACGGAUAUCGCGAACCCAAAGAAGCGACGCGAUUUUCCCUUCAACGAGGAAAUGAGGAAGAAGUGCGAUGAUUACUACUACGAGAACUACGUCCGCUGGUACGGCACCGAGGAAUUUGCCCUUGCCAAUGGACAAAUCCCGCAGCUGAACAUCUGGGAUGACCAUGACAUUAUCGAUGGCUUCGGAUCGUACACUGACCACUUCAUGAAAUGUUCCGUGUUCCGUGGCAUUGGAGGUGUCGCCCACAAGUACUACCUCCUGUUCCAACACCACAUCCCACCGCCACCUUCUACGUACAGCACCGAUGCGCCUCAGACCACGAAGACCACAGGACAUACGACUUCUCCAGACGCUGUUCAGCUCAAGGAUACCUUCGUCAUGGUCCCAAAGCGCGAGGACCCUAGCUGGAUCAUCGGUACGCGACCUGGCCCAUAUGUCGAAGAGCGAAGUCGCAGCAUCUACUGCCAGCUUGGCAAACGAAUUGCCUUCCUGGGCAUCGAUGCGCGAACAGAGCGGACGAGACAUCAGAUCAACUAUCCAGAAACCUAUGACCAGAUCUUCAAGCGCGCGAAUGACGAGAUUGCUCGCUCGAACGGUGCUAUCAAGCAUUUGAUCCUUCUCCUGGGAGUACCCAUCGCGUACCCUCGAUUGCAGUGGUUGGAGAACAUCAUUAGCAGUCCAAUCAUUGGACCGAUCAAGUUCCUCAAUAAGCGCUUUGGUGUUGCAGGUAGCCUCUUCAACCAGUUCGACGGUGGUGUUGAUUUGCUGGACGACUUGGACGACCACUACACAGCGCACCAACACAAGAAGGAGCGCAAGGCAUUGAUUCACAGGCUGCAGCAGAUCUCGAAGGAUCACAGCGUUCGUAUUACUAUUCUGGGUGGCGAUGUUCAUUUGGCAGCGCUUGGGCGCUUCUACAGCAAAGCACAUCUCAAUAUUCCGGCCGAGCGAGAUUUCCGCUACAUGCCAAAUAUUGUUAGCUCUGCUAUUACCAACAAGCCACCGCCGCAGGCUGUGGCCAACUUGCUUGCACGCCGCAACAAGAUCCACCACCUGGACCACGAGACGGACGAGACUCUGCUGGAGAUGUUCAACAAGAAUCCUGGCGAGGGUGAGGAAGGAGUGGAAGACAAGACGGCGAAGAACAAUCACGCGACGAUGCCGAGCCGGAACUAUGCAAUCAUCACAGAGUCGCACUCUCACACCGGAGCUGCAGUGAACGGUGUCGCCACAAACGGCACCAUUGAUGGUGUGGGUGACACCUCAAACAACGCCGACUUCACACUGCCAAAGAACAUGCGUGAGCCAAUUCACAAGGGUGAAGUCCAGGCCGGCACGGAGCAUCCUGCUGCAGGCGGCAUCAAGAAAACAGGGCUGGCCGGACGCGAUGGUCUCGAUGUCUGCAUUCGCGUAGAAAUCAAGCCAGGUGCGAAGGAUGGGCGAACCGAGGGUUAUGGCAUUUCCAUUCCGGCUCUCGAAAGCGGCGCUUACAAGGGCCAAGGCACGACAUGGUAGGAACAUGGCCGUGAAGUGGUACGUUUGCAGCAAGACAAACGCUGGGUCGAAACCGGUGAGGAGAAAACGGCCGGCUGUGGCUGUUUCUGAGUUGUCCGCGGAGCACAGCACA